CUGAGCUACCAAAACGAAUUUUAACCCACGAGUUUGCUUAAAAGAUUCUCAAAUAUUCGCACAAACUUUUUUCUUUUUGAAAAUAUAAAAUUUUCGCACAAACUACUACCCUUCUCCCACCUAGCGCUGUGCUGCUCUGCUCUGCUCGUCCUCCCUGCCUUUAUAAGCCCCGGCCACGGGCCCACGGCUCCGCUCGCCUUCUCCUCCCUUCGCUUCGCAUACCACUCUCUCCUCGUUUCUCCGGUUCGCGGGGGGCCCAAGGCUUCGAGGAAGGAGUCGGACCCGUGACCCUAGCGCUGUCGGGGCAGCCUCCGGCGAUGGCCGCGGCGGCGAUCCUGCCGGAGCUGGCGACGCAGGUGCUCAUCCCGGUCGCGGCGGCCGUGGGCAUCGCGUUCGCGGUGCUGCAGUGGGCGCUCGUCUCCAAGGUGAGGCUCACCCCCGAGCGCCGCGCCGACGGCGGGGCCGCCGCCAAGGCCGGCCCCGCCGACUACCUCAUCGAGGAGGAGGAGGGGCUCAACGACCACAACGUCGUCGUCAGGUGCGCCGAGAUCCAGAGCGCCAUCUCCGAAGGAGCAACAUCUUUCCUUUUCACUGAAUACAAGUAUGUUGGAUUAUUCAUGGGCAUCUUUGCAAUCCUUAUAUUCCUCUUCCUUGGGUCCGUUGAAGGAUUCAGCACAAGGAGUCAGCCAUGCCACUAUAGCAAGGACAGAACUUGCAAGCCUGCUCUUGCGAAUGCCAUCUUCAGUACUAUAGCGUUUGUGCUUGGUGCAGUCACCUCACUGGUGUCUGGCUUUCUUGGAAUGAAGAUCGCAACUUAUGCAAAUGCCCGGACAACUUUGGAGGCCAGAAAGGGUGUUGGGAAGGCAUUUAUUACUGCCUUCCGAUCUGGUGCUGUUAUGGGCUUCCUUCUUGCUGCCAGCGGUCUUUUGGUUCUUUACAUUGCUAUCAAUUUGUUUGGAAUCUAUUAUGGCGAUGACUGGGAAGGUCUAUUUGAGGCUAUUACUGGCUAUGGUCUUGGUGGUUCUUCUAUGGCUCUUUUUGGCCGUGUUGGUGGUGGUAUUUAUACUAAGGCUGCUGAUGUUGGCGCUGAUCUUGUCGGGAAGGUAGAAAGGAACAUUCCUGAGGAUGAUCCGAGAAACCCAGCUGUCAUUGCAGACAAUGUUGGUGAUAAUGUCGGAGACAUUGCUGGGAUGGGAUCAGAUCUCUUUGGCUCAUAUGCUGAAUCGUCAUGUGCUGCUCUUGUUGUGGCCUCUAUCUCAUCUUUUGGAAUCAACCAUGAAUUUACUCCUAUGGUGUACCCUCUUCUCGUCAGCUCUGUGGGUAUUGUAGCAUGUCUCAUAACAACACUGUUUGCAACUGAUUUCUUUGAGAUAAAGGCUGUGAAUGAAAUAGAGCCUGCUCUGAAGAAACAACUUAUAAUUUCCACUGUUGUGAUGACCAUUGGCAUUGCACUUAUCAGUUGGCUAGGCCUUCCAUACACCUUCACCAUUUUUAACUUUGGAGUCCAGAAGACAGUGCAUAGCUGGCAACUGUUCUUGUGCGUGGCUGUUGGUCUCUGGGCUGGCCUAAUCAUUGGUUUCGUUACCGAGUACUACACAAGCAACGCCUACAGCCCUGUACAAGAUGUUGCUGAUUCCUGCAGAACUGGAGCUGCCACGAAUGUCAUUUUUGGGCUUGCUUUGGGAUACAAAUCAGUCAUUAUCCCUAUUUUUGCUAUUGCUUUUAGCAUCUUCCUCAGCUUCAGCCUUGCUGCUAUGUAUGGUGUCGCUGUGGCUGCUCUUGGAAUGCUGAGCACCAUUGCCACAGGUCUUGCUAUUGAUGCCUACGGCCCAAUCAGUGACAAUGCUGGAGGAAUAGCUGAAAUGGCUGGCAUGAGCCAUAGAAUUCGUGAGAGAACUGAUGCCCUAGAUGCUGCAGGGAACACCACUGCUGCAAUUGGAAAGGGUUUUGCCAUUGGCUCUGCAGCCUUGGUGUCUCUUGCACUCUUCGGUGCCUUUGUGAGCCGGGCUGCUAUUUCCACUGUUGAUGUUCUGACUCCUAAAGUAUUCAUUGGACUUAUUGUUGGUGCUAUGCUCCCAUACUGGUUCUCAGCAAUGACCAUGAAGAGUGUAGGCAGUGCUGCACUGAAGAUGGUGGAGGAAGUUCGCCGGCAGUUCAACACCAUCCCUGGGCUCAUGGAGGGCACUACAAAGCCGGAUUAUGCAACCUGUGUGAAGAUCUCCACUGAUGCAUCCAUCAAGGAGAUGAUCCCCCCAGGGGCUCUUGUUAUGCUCACCCCAUUGAUUGUUGGGAUUUUGUUUGGGGUUGAGACCCUCUCCGGAGUCCUUGCUGGUGCUCUCGUCUCUGGUGUUCAGAUUGCCAUCUCUGCAUCCAACACUGGUGGUGCCUGGGACAAUGCCAAGAAGUACAUUGAGGCUGGAGCUUCGGAGCACGCCAGGACCCUUGGCCCGAAAGGCUCUGACCCUCACAAGGCGGCCGUCAUUGGUGACACCAUUGGUGAUCCCCUCAAGGACACAUCUGGCCCCUCCCUCAACAUCCUCAUCAAGCUCAUGGCAGUGGAGUCCCUUGUUUUCGCCCCCUUCUUCGCCACUCAUGGUGGCAUCCUCUUCAGGUGGCUCUAACUGGCUGGAGUUGCGCGAUGAACGCCAUAGUUUUGCAGCGGGGAGAGCAGCAUGUCAGCUAAUACAGCAUCUAUGGCAUAUGGUUUGCUCCUCGAGUUGAUGAACCCCGUUAUGUACGUGGUUUCCUUUUUUUUUCUCUCGCUUGGUGUCUUUCUAGUUCCAGGUUCCAACCAUGUUUUGAUCCCAUAAAAUUCGCCUCUAGCCUUCGAGUAACUGAGUACAUCGUCAUAAGUCAUCAGCCCCUCCGGGACAUUGAAACAUCGGAAAACUUUAAAAUUCGAAGAGAUGUAUUGGUGAUGUUGAUUAAUCUCAAUCAAUUAUUUCCUUGACAUUGAUUA